CUCACCGCGACACAACCGCCUCUUGUCGCGCAAUUAUCCAGCGCAUUUCUCAAAGCGCCAAUCUUCAGAAACUGAACAUCAAUACUGCGUCGAUCGCACCGCCGCGAACAUGUCGGAUCCGCUCCUCUUCGAAGACACCUUCACGAUCACCGGGAUCAACGCGCAGAAAUAUGACCGUGUCUCCCGCCUGACGUGCACCUCCUCCGAUGCCUUGACGUCCUUCACCCUCGAUGUCAACACGGAGCUGUAUCCGUGUGCGAUUGGCGAGUCGGUCUCGAUGGCGCUUGCGUCGACACUGUCUUUGGAUGGCAAGGAAGACACGGGCUCCAAGGGCUGGAGGGAGGUCGGAAUGGGCGAGCAGACUUUGGCCAACGACUAUGACUAUGUUUGCCACGGCAAGGUCUACCGAUUUGAAGAGGGUGCAGGUGAAGGGAACAUGGCGGUUUUCAUCUCCUUCGGUGGUCUGUUGCUCUACCUCGAGGGCCCCUAUAAGAAGCUGGCGCCUUUGAGGAUCGACUACGUGUAUCUGCUCCUGAAGAAAUAAUUACAAUUCCAACCGUUCACUUUUUUCUUGUGUCGCGAUAUGGAUAGGUCGCCUGGUUUGGUUUGAGUUGGCUUCACGGAUCGCCAAAGAAAGAAAAGUCGAUUUGCAUUUCUGGGGAUAUUUAUAUUGCAGCGUUGGCGUUAGAUUUGGUGACUGGGUAUCAGAUAGAAUAUAUCAGAUCUUGUAUUCUGCAG